GGCUGGGCAGCUUUACGCACAGACCGUUUGGAGCAGAAGGACGCACUGAGGAGCAGCUCUGGGUGUCCACUUCUUCCUCUACUCUUUUCCGCGUCUUGUUUUUUUGCAGCUGGUAUCACUUCAGGGUUUUCAUCUUUUUUCUUUUUUCAUUUGCAAAACAUGGGCUCCGUGCUACCCGCCGACGCUUUGGCUCUCAAGUCUGGAUUUAAGUGUCCGAGCCGCUCGCUGUCAGACGUGAUCACCUCGGACAUCCUGCACAGCUUCCUGUACGGCAGGUGGAGGAACGUGCUGGGCGAACACCUGGCGGAGGAGCGCCAGAGCGGCACCAGCCCCAAGACCGCCUUCACCGCCGAGGUGCUGGCCCAGUCCUUCGCCGGAGAGGUGCAGAAGCUGUCCAGCCUGGUGCUGCCCAGCGAAGUGAUCAUCGCUCAGAGCUCGGUCCCUGGAGAAGGACUGGGCAUCUUCUCAAAGACCUGGAUCAAAGCAGGGACCGAGAUGGGCCCUUUCACAGGCAGAGUCCUGUCCCCUGAACACGUGGACCUGCUCAAGAACAACAACCUCAUGUGGGAGGUGUUCAAUGAAGACGGCACGGUGCGCUACUUCAUCGAUGCCAGCCAGGAGGACCAACGCAGCUGGAUGACUUACAUAAAGUGCGCCCGGAAUGAGCAGGAGCAGAACCUGGAGGUGGUGCAGAUCGGCAGCAGCAUCUUCUACAAGGCGGUGGAGACCAUCCCACCAGACCAGGAGCUUCUUGUCUGGUAUGGAAACACCCACAACACAUUCCUGGGAAUCCCUGGAGUUCCGGGAAUAGACGAAGAACACCUGAAGAAAAGCAGGAAUGAUGACCCCCACUCCUGUGACGGCCCUUCCUCUUGCUCCCCACCCGCCUCCACCACCACAGCCGGUCGGAUGCGCUGCGUCAUCUGCCACCGCGGCUUCAACUCCCGCAGCAACCUGCGCUCCCACAUGCGCAUCCACACUCUGGACAAGCCCUUCGUGUGCCGCUUCUGCAACCGCCGUUUCAGCCAGUCGUCCACGCUGCGAAACCACGUGCGCCUGCACACCGGCGAGCGGCCCUACAAGUGCCACGUGUGUCAGAGCGCCUACUCGCAGCUGGCGGGCCUGAGGGCGCACCAGAAGAGCGCGCGGCACAAACCGGUGGCGCACGCUGCCGACGUGUCAUCCAAAGUGUCCCCUCCUCCCCCACAGAUGACGGCCAUGCCCCAGCAGCACCAGAGGCCCCUGGUGCACCACAUCCCCACCAUGGUGCUAUGAUGACAGAAACACGGAGGGACAGUCAAGCAGAACAACGUUGCACUUUAGAUUAUGGCUGUAGUGGAGAAGUAAAGCAGAUGACACAGGCCCUCACUAUGGAAAUGCAUGAGUUGAUGUGACAGUAAAGCAUCUCACGAAGACCUGUUGAAUACGUUGCCUUAUUUUUAUUUCUUGUUUCCUUGUGAUCAAAAUUCCAGCAGACAAAAAUGAUUGUCUGUGUUUUGGAAAGCUGAAAUUGCCUUUGCUAAAAGAAAGAUUAAAGAUUAUACAAAUAAAUUGUUAUUAUCUGUGUAAUCUUUGAAUUAAGUGUCAGAAAUAUAUCACUACGAAUGCGAGACAUAACAUGUUUUCUACAGUUUUAUAGUGUUUAUUUUGCAUCGCAUCAGGUGAAAACAACAGUCCGAGAUAUGUACAGUAAGUAGAAACUAAGGGACGUGACCACCAGUGGACAUUGUUACAGCGGCAUCCUUCCACACUGUAAACUGAAAUUGUCACUUUAACCUUGCACAGACUGUAUGCCAUACUAAUGUGUAAUGUGUAAAAUUGUAUUGUAUGCAACUGUACAUGUGAAUGUAAAUACAU